CACUGAUUGAUCGAUUGAUUUUCCAAGGCUUCGGUCAUCGAAUUCCAUCGCAUCCCACAACAGCCCACUAAAAAGAAAGUGGUUACCAAAGACGCAGACGACCACCACAAGCACAGGAGUUGAACUCCCGCCCCCAGACGCAAUUCGUCUCUCUAGAUAAGCCCACCCAGCUACUACUCUCAUCAAACAUAAUCCAAGAAAAACCCUCCCACCGGUUGGCGAGCGAGCCCAACGCAGCCCCGCACGAUGCCUCCAAAAAAGAACGACAAGGCCGGGGGCAAGAAGCCCAGCGUGACCAAGGUCGUCGAUGACAAGACCUUUGGUAUGAAGAACAAGAAGGGUGGUGCCGCUCAAAAGCAGAUUGCACAACUGCAGGCCCAGGCCAAGUCUGGUGGCAACGCCGAGCAGAAGCGCAAGGAGGCAGAGAAGGCGGCACGCGAGCGCGAAAAGAAGGCCGCAGAGGACGCCAAGCGCGAGGCAGACCUACUCCUCAACAAGCCCGCCCAGAUCCAAAAGGUGCCCUUUGGCGUCGACCCGAAGACGGUGCUUUGCAUCUUCUUCAAGAAGGGCAACUGCGAGAAGGGCAAGAAGUGCAAGUUCAGUCACGACCUGGACGUCGAGCGCAAGACGGAGAAGAAGAGUUUGUACACCGACACUAGGGAGAAUGAGGACGACAAGAAGAAGGCUGAGACCUCGGCCGACUGGGACGAGGACAAGCUGAGGAGUGUCGUUCUAAGCAAGAAGGGCAACCAGCGGACCACGACGGACAAGGUCUGCAAAUACUUUAUCGAGGCUAUCGAGGAUGGCAAGUACGGAUGGUUCUGGAUUUGUCCAAACGGAGGUGACAAGUGCAUGUACAAACACGCUUUGCCGCAAGGCUUCGUGCUCAAGACCAAAGAAGAUCGAGCUCGUGAAAAGGCCCUACUGGACAAGUCGCCCCUCAAGACUCUGACGCUCGAAGAAUUUUUGGAGUCAGAAAGGCACAAGCUGACGGGAACUUUAACGCCCGUGACGCCCGAGUCAUUCGCCAAGUGGAAGAAGGACCGGUUGGACAAGAAGGCGGCUGAGGAGCAGGCUCGCAAGGCCAAGGAUGCGACAGGACGUGCUCUCUUCGAGAGCGGCAACUGGCGCACCGAAGAGGACGACGACGAUGCCGAGGAUGAUGACGACCCCUGGAACUUGGAGAAACUGCGUGCCGAGACGGAAGCUAUCAGGCAGCGCAAGGAGGAAGAGCGGUUGGCAAUUGAGAACGGCGUCACGGUGCCAGGGGCGCCAGGUACCUGAGCAGAAGAGACAUCUGUCUGGGGGCCUUUACCAACAUCUUCGCCCGGGGGGAAUUCGAGCGAGUAGAAGCCAGGAGUGGCAACAUGAUCAACCCGAGCCAAUGCGUGCCCGCGCAAAGACGCGCCGCUUUGUCUGUGGGCCAAGAUCACCGUCAUCUGGUGAUAGAGACUGGACCGACAUGUAUUCAGAAAGAAUGCACAUAGACAUCUCGAUUCGAGCUCACUUAUGGGACCUUCGCCAGGCCUUGUACGCGAUAACGACUACUUUUUUUG